AUGAACAUCACUCUGAUUUUUACCAGUUAUGGACCUCCUGGUGCACUUAAUUAUGGAGUUUUUGUAAUCUCUCUUGUGGUCUUUCUUACAACUGUUUUUGCAAAUGUAACAUUAAUGCUGGUGAUCUACUUAGACACAACUCUUCAUAAGCCAAUGUACAUAUUUUUAUUUAACCUGGCAAUUAAUGGACUAAUUGGAUCCUCUGCUGUGCUUCCUAAAAUAAUGGAAAAUCUUGUUUCUGAUAUGAAAGAUAUUCUGUAUACUGACUGUAUUCUGCAAGUAUUUUUCAUUAAUGUUUAUGGAACAUGUGCUUAUGCAAUAUUGACAGUUAUGGCAUAUGAUAGAUAUGUUUCAAUUUGCAAGCCUCUACAGUAUUACAAUAUCAUGACACCAGGUAAAAUUAGAAUUCUGCUAUUCAUUGUAUACUUUUCCCCUGUCUGCUCCCUAGCUGUGCAGGUGUAUCUUACUUCAAGGCUGCCUAUGUGUAGGUAUACAAUAAACAAAUUGUUUUGUGACAAUUUGGCAGUUGUUAAUCUCUCCUGUGUCAAAAGUACCUGGGGAGACUUGUAUGGCAUAAGUCUGGUACUUGUCUUUGUAGUUUUACCUCUAAUACUUGUCAUUCUAUCAUAUAUCAAAAUAUUAUGUGUUUCUUUGAAAGCAUCAGUAAGUGCCCAGAAGAAAGCUCUGAAAACAUGCACUCCCCACUUGAUUACUUUUAUUAAUUUUUCAUUGGCCACUUUGUUUUCCGUGAUAUAUAAUCGGUUUAAUUUCAGUCUUUCAAAAGAAGUUAAUGUGUUUAUGUCAAUACAUUUUAUCCUGAUCCCUCCACUUUUGCAUCCUCUUAUUUAUGGGAUUAGAACAAAGGAGAUUGGAAAUAGCCUCACAAAAAUGUUACGAAGAAAAAUAGUUGCUCUUGGUUUUAAUGUAAGAACUGAACAUAGCCAUAAUGAUGCAGUGUUUAUUUGUACUAAAUAA